AAUUGCAAAGAUCGAAGAAAUAGCUGUUUUGUAGGGUUACUUUGCCAAUUUCCUAAUUCUAGAUUAAUUGAUUGAUAGCAACAUUGAAGAAGCAGAAGCAAGUUUUGGUUUUUGUUGUCAAUGGAUAAAGCUUCUUCACAAGAGUGUCCUUAUCCAGGAUGUUUCUUCUGUGUAAUGAAAGAAGGAAACCCGAGUAAAAGAAGAUCCUGCAUUCUCAAAUUCUUUAGAGAUCUUCCUUCUCAAGACGACGAUGGUCAAGUUCUUCCCAUUAGUGGUCUCUGGAACACAGCAAUGGCUCACCCUAAUGAUCCUGAGUUCAUUGAGCUUGGAAUCUUUGAGUGUAUGUCUGCUUUGAUAUGGAAAGGACUUAAAAACAGGCGUUGGCUAUCUCAUGACCAGAACAUAUACAUUCCUUACUACGCGGCUCACAUUAUCGGGUCUUACACUAUGAACAUGGAAGAGUUUGCUGAGAGAGCUGUGGAAGCUGGUGUGAUUGCUCCACUUGUUGAGCUUUUAAGAGGUAGGCUUACUUGGGUCGAACAGAGAGUGGCGGUUCGUGCUUUAGGGCAUUUAGCUACUUACCCGAGUACUUUUCCUGCCGUUGCGGAUCACGGAGAGAUCCUCGAGCUUGCGAUACAAUUGGCAAUGAGUUCGUUGGAAAUAGUUUACUCUCACUUUUACCAGUAUCCGGAUCGAAGGUUGAGUUACCACUGCGAUCUGCUGACACGAGGCAUGGGAGGUGUUGAGAUGGAGUCAAGAAAAGCAGAGGAAUGGGCGAGCCAGUUGCAGUGCUGGUCUCUUCAGCUCAUAAACUGUUUCGCCUUUAAACCUGAGUUUCUUCCCACUCUGUGCAAACCCGAGUUUCUGGUGAAUCUUCCGGUUAUGUGGGGCGGACUUGUGAAUGAGAACUCGCCUGCUGGUAUCGGUUUGCUUAGAACAAUCUGUCAGCAUAAACUAGGUCGUGGACCUGUCUCUGCUUGUGCAGGAAUGAUUGAGGCCUUGUGUAAUAUCGCUCGUUCUUCUGAUGAUUGGCAGUAUAUGGCGAUAGAAUGUCUUCUUUGGUUGCUUCAAGAUCCUAAUACGUCUCACAAGGUAAUUGAUAAGGCGGUGCCAACGCUUGUGGAUCUUGCAGAGAUCACAACUUGGGCGAUCACAAGAAACUUGGAGAUUCCAUUACUGAAAUGGGAGAAGAGUAUGCCUAAAGAGGAUCUUCAUAUCAAACAAGCAGCAGCUUUAGUGGUCAAACUCGAAGGAAACUCUCUCUUUUCAUCAGGAGAUAUUGCGGGGUGCAGCGGAAAAGUACUCGGAAGCUUUGUCUCUCUGUCCGAUGAGGUCGAAGAAGAAAGAGUAGUGUUGUAUAGCAAUCGAGCUCAGUGUCAUCUCUUGCUGCAACAGCCUUUGGUUGCUAUAAGUGACGCCACACGUGCGCUCUGCUUGCACAAUCCCGUAAACCGGCAUGCUAAGAGUCUUUGGAGAAGAGCUCAGGCCUAUGAUAUGUUAGGUCUAGCUAAAGAGAGUUUGUUAGAUGCGAUUCUGUUCAUCAACGAAUGUUCUCAGUCGAAUGAUCCAGAUAUCUCCAUGAGACAGAACAAGGUUCCUGAUUACGCAGAGAGGAAAGGCGAAGAGAGGGAAGUGUAUGGAAAUGAAACCGAUGAUUCGGAAUGGGAAACAGCGAGUGAGAGCGAUAUAGGAGAUGAUGGAAGAGAUCAUAUGGGACUUGAUGAUGAGGAGGAGGAGGAAGAUGAAGGCCAUGGAGAGAAGUGGAAGAACCGAGAUAAAUCGAGUGAGAAAAAUGAGAAAACUUCUGCGAAAGGUAUGAGGCAUGGAUACAGCAUAAAGCUAGCAGAAGAUGAAAUAUGAAACCCUGAAACACAAUAAGAAGUUGAAGAAAAAGAGAAGUCUUUGUAUGGGUUUUAGUCUUUUUACAAGCAAGAAACUUGCUUCAUGGUUCAUGGAUAUCGAGUUGUGGUAAAUUUUAUUCCAUUUUGAAGGAGUAAGAAGAAGUAACAAUUGUUUUAUUUUUCUGUGAUUUUAUUUAUCUUUUAUUUUGUGGUGUAUGUAACUAAGAGUUAUUCGAGGAGACAAUCAUGAGUUCCAAAUUGUAAAAAAUAUUUUCUCCUUAUAUAAGAAAUGAUGUGUGAUUGGGAGAUUAGAUAUCUAUUUUUUGGGUUCAGUGAUUGGCAGAGAUUAAAAAGCAUUUAAACUG